GAAAUACGAAUAUAAUACAGCGUACGUAAGAUACCUGGAAUGGAAGUGUUGUUGACAACAUAGCAGGAAGGAAACUGCGGGAAACCCGCCCAAUCAAAGCAGCACACUUACCUUUUUCUUCUUUUAGAACUAUAUAUGAGGCAGCAAAAGAGAGCUAAGAGUUGAAACAAAAGGUAUAGAGUUGUAGCAGUAACAGGAGUUUUAUAAACAAAGACGAGAUAAUGGAAGAGGGACAGUAUCAAAAGGAGUUGUUAUUUGGAAGUGGGUUAGGAGUGAAAGUGAUGACUGAUGAUCAAAUGGAGACGCUCAGGAAACAGAUAUCUGUUUAUGCUACUAUUUGUGAAAGUCUUGUUCAGAUGCAUAAGGCCAUCUCCGACCAAAAUGAUUUUUCUGGGAUGAGAUUGCAAAAUCCAUAUGCUGGUCCGUUUUUCUCAUAUACACUGAACAAGAUCCCUUCAAGGCAGAGGUGGGCUCCAAAAGCAGAGCAGCUUGAAAUACUGGAGAGUAUAUUUACGCAAUCCAAGGCAACUCCAGGUCGGCAGAGGAUCAAAGAGAUAGCCACUCAACUGUCACUGCAUGGCCCAAUUUCAGAAACAAAUGUCUAUAAUUGGUUCCAGAACAGAAGAGCUCGUUCCAAACGAAAGCAAUCAGCUCUAGCACCAUCACCACCACCCCCACCACCAAACAAUAGAGAAUCUCAAGUUGAGGUGGAACCUGAGCCUGAGCCUGAGCCUGAGCUUGAGCUUGAGACUGCUAAAGAGAAGAGAACCCAACUGGAUGACAAUUUAGCUUUCAUGGUGAAUCAUAUGUACUUCCACACUCCUGAGAUUGGAGGGAUUGACCAAUUGAUUGGCAAAGCGGAAGUCCCAAUGAGCUAUGAUUCUUACUGGCAAGUGGACCAACACGACUUGCUUUGAAGACGGGUGAUGUUUUGGAAAACCAUUUUUAGAAAAUAUAUGACCAUAGAUAACAUAGUAUGAAGACUUUUAUAUAAUUUUUUAUACAUAUAUAUAUAUAUAUAUAUAUAUAUACAUGGAGAGAGAGACGGAGAGAUUUUAGACUGGUAGGUUCAUUAGAGUGGCUUUGUAAGAUCUUUUGGUAAUCUAAUUUUAGUUAAUUUGGAUUGUUAGAAUGUUUAUUGUUUGUUAUGAGAUUGCUUCUUUGCUUCA